AUGUUUUGCAACAUCGUACUCACCUGGAUAAUAUUACUUCCAACCAUCUGGGCCAUUUCAAUAUCAUCACACCUAGCGACGAAGACGGUAGUUCUCUGCUCAACAACCUAUGGCUCUUCUUCCGUUGCGAGUCUCCCAACUUCCACAUUAUCUCUCUUCCACACAACAGAACUUUUCCCUGUAAUCCUACACAACAGUACGACACUCACCACGACUAUAACGCCAAAGCCCUUUUCCACACUCUUCAGUGUUUUGACAACGAAGACGAAAUAUGUUUCUUCCGCGGCUGUGAAUGGCACGUUUUACAUUACAAGCACGAAAUUUGGGACUAGUACGGAUUGGAAGCAUGAGACGAAGACGAGGACGAGCACGGUGUAUCGGUACUUUACCUCUAGAUCUACAUAUUGGAUUGCUGAACCCAGUGGGUGGGUGGGUGUGAGGAACAGUACCUCCGAGCCCGCAGGGAAGGAGAAGAGGGAACUGGCUCAUCCUCAUGCAGCAAGAGCGAGCACCAAGAUUUCCAGCAACAAGAAACCGAAACUCGUUCGUCCGACAGAGGGAGUCUUUGCAGCUGGUGUGGAGUGUGUGCAACAGGUGCAAUUGCAUACCACGGAGGUUCUGCUACUCACAGAGACGAAGUUGGCGACCGUGACGCUGAGGCCGGAGACUGUGUUCAGCAAUCGCACAGUGUAUGGUACAAUCACAAGUACUGUGCUGCUUUUGCCUUCUUCAUCAUUGGUAAGGAGGAUGAAUGUAGCAGCUUGGUUUACUUCGCACGCUGCAUUUCCGCAUGCGUCUACUUCUGCUGCUGCUUCGACCUUGACGGCAAAUUCGACAUCCAUCUCUGCAACUUCGAACUCAACUUAUGCUCCAUCGACAUUCAACUCGACAUCAACCACAUCCUCAUCGACUACAACACCUUCUCCACCACCCCUUCCCACCGGCCCAAACGGCCUAGCCACAAACCUCACCACCAUCACAAAGACACCCUACACCAUAACCUUCACCCACACAGAAUACAAAUCCUCCAUUCUAACCCUCACCCGCCACGCCACCACAACAUUAACCUCUCACUCUGCCUGCGCAACCCCGCACCUACUUUCGCAAAACAGUAGGAAUUUGCGGGUUAAUGGUUUUAGUGCUUUGGAGGGUGGGGGCUUGGAGAAAGUGCAGACAGAGGGGGCAGGGGAGUGUUGUGAGAUAUGUAUGCAGAGGGAGGGGUGUGGGUGGGGGGUUUGGGAGGCUGAGGGACGGGAGAAGGGGGCUUGUUAUUUGAUACUGGUUGAUAUUGAGGGUGUGGAGAAGGAUAUGGAAGGGAAAGAGGGUGAAAGGGAAGGUAGUUGGGGGAAGCAAGAUGUGCAAGGGUACUUUGGGUAUAAGACGGGGAAUGGAGAGGUGAGGUAUGUAGUUAGUAAUGGUCUUUGUGGUCGAUUAUUAGAAGCGUGA